AUGGGACCUAAACAAUAUAUCCUAGUCAGUGGGGGCCCGGUCAGCAGAGGCCUUGUGAAUGGGGACACGGUCCUUGGGGAUGUAGUCAGAAAACACCUAGUGAAUGGGGGUGUUGUCAGCAGGGGCCUGCUCAGUGAGGAUCUGGUCUGUGGGAGGCCUGGUCAGCUGUGGCCUGGUCAGAGGAGACUGAUCAUGGGUCCUCGAGUUAAGGACUUAGUCACUUGGCACCUCAUCGGUGGGGACCUGGUCAGUGGGCGCCUGGUCAGCGGGAGCUGGAGAGACCUGGUUAGUAGGGGCCUGGUCUUUGAGGCCCUGGAGAGUGGGGCCUAUUCAGUAAAGGCCUGGGUCACUGGGGUCCUGGUUAGUGAGGCCUAUUCAGUAAAGGUCUGGGUCAUUGGGGUCCUAGGUCUGUUCAGUAAGGACCUGGUCAGUUGGAACCUCGUCAGCUGGGGCCUGGUCAGUGGAGGACUGCUGAGUGGGGGCCUUUGGGGCCUGGUCAGUAAAGGUCUGGUCAUCGAGAACCUGGUCAGUCAGAACCUUGUUAAGGACCUGGCCACACAAAACCAUCCUUGUACCACCACGAAUAGUUGGCCAUGGCUCUUUGAUAGCAGUUUUUAUUCUGCCGUAGAAAUUAUCCUUGAACCGGAAAAAAAAAUCCCCAAUUCAAUACUCCAUCUUUGUGAAGAGCUGGUUCCGAAUUCUGGGUCGCUUUUUGGAAAAAAUAUCUGUUGCGGUAAACAGUGCUGCAUCUGUGACCUCAAGUCUCUACUGGAAUUGGAUAGAGAUAGUGAAUUUCAGCCAGAGGGCCCAAAGAACUCAUGUCCCACGCUCCUGAACGCCAUCAGCCCCCGCACCUCCAUCUUCCCUCCUCCCACGAGUCGCCUGCUCCCCGUGACUCUGGCCUCCUUGCAGUGUUGCUGGGCCACGUCAGGAAGUGCUGGAGGACAUGGCAUUGCACCAACACCAGGCAGCCGGCCGUGUGGCUCAUCCCGCAGAUCAGGCUCUUCCUGUGCAUGGAGAUGGAGACCCGGAGGCAGCCCGUGGCCCAGUUCUCGGGCAGGUGGAGCAUGGAGACGACUGGGAACUUCACUAGACACACAUCCAACCAGUCCAAGGGCUUGUCGCACCGUGUACCAGCUUGCAGAAGAAGCCCAACACCUCGCCAAGCACGAAGGCCUCCCUUCCCGACUUGAUGAAGGCAGAGUAGCGGUUGAGGUUGCGGCUCACAGUGACCGAGUUCCUGCCCACGUGGGGACCCAGGGAGCCGUCGAGCUCCAGGUAUGCACCUCUGCCCAGUGCACCUGGCUCGGUCACCAUCAUGGAGCUGCCAUCCCACUUGUCGUCCCAGUCAUCAUCACUGCCCUAGCUGGCCUAGUUGCCACCAAGGAGCUGCUGAGGCCACGGCUUCAGGGCAUCCCUACCGCCUGGAAAUCCUGUGCCGGCUGCUGGAAGGCACUCUGUGGUGGCACCAGCUGCGGCUGCAGUAGCAGCUGGAAAGCACUGAGAGACGGCUUCAAGGAGGCGGGCAGUGCACCAGGCAGGGCCUUGAAGCCUCUGGGUGGUACAAUGGCCAUGGCACAGUGGGUCAAGGCACAGGGGCAGCCAUGGCACACUGGGCCAGUCCACGGUUGCAGACCACUUGCACUGCACAUAUAAGGCCAGGGUUGCUGAGGCCAUGAGCCCUUGCGAGUCAGCCCUUGAUGUCCUGCUCACUACACAGGCUCAGCACUUCAUGUUCUCAUAGAUCACUCUCAAAUUCUCCGCCAUCAAGUGGUACAGCAACUGAAUCCACAGUGCCAUGGGUCCCCUGCGUGGUCAUCCUGGCCACUGUGGAUGCACAUGACACCUCUAGUUCCCCUCCCCUCCCAGGGCUCAGGUUGAGGCCAGGCCCUCCUGGUCCUGGGAAGUGUGCCCUGAGGGUGGGGCUCUGUCCUGCAGGUUGAGUCAGAGGCCGCAAGGCACGCUACUGAUGGCUAGGGCUGCAGGGGUGCCACACUCACCCCUCUCUGGGGAAGUCUUAGAGUGAACUGCGUUCUUAUUCAAGAUGACUUCCCAAGGCCCAAAAGCCAUCUAGGGCUGUGGAGCAGCUAGCCGGGUGCUGCCCUAACUCCUUCCACACCGGCUGGUCACUGCCCUCCAAGAGGAGUCGGAUGCAGGUGCCAUUGUGUAGAGAAAUGUCUCUGGACCUGCCUCUUGGUUAUCAUGGGGCAGAGUAGUUUCUGGUGUCUGGGCUCUGAUG